AUGGCUACCGAUAACCAAAUGGAAUAUGUCACCCUUGGCAAAUCCGGCCUCAAGAUCUCCAAGGUCAUUUUGGGCGCUAUGUCCUACGGCACCAGCGAAUGGCAAGACUGGGUGCUCGACGAAGAUAAAGCCCUUCCCCUGAUUGAACAUGCCUACAAGCGUGGUAUCAACACCUGGGAUACAGCGGACGUCUACUCCCACGGCCGUAGCGAAGAGAUCAUUGGCAAAGCACUAAAAACAUACAAUAUCCCCCGCAACCGGGUCGUCAUAAUGACAAAGUGUUUCUACGGUGUCGAUGAUGAGGGCAACCUGCCCUCUAUCGCGGCCUGCGCGCAAAACACAGGCGCGAUGGUCAACCGCGUCGGUCUGUCCCGGAAGCACAUCUUUGACGCCGUCGACGCCAGCAUCCAGCGACUAGGGACGUACAUCGAUGUCUUGCAGCUCCACCGAUUGGAUCGCGAGACGCCCCGUGAGGAGAUCAUGAAAGCCUUGAACGACGUCAUCGAGGCUGGGAAAGUGCGGUAUAUCGGAGCGUCGUCGAUGGCGGCAUGGGAGUUCCAGGCACUGAACAAUGUCGCUAAGAUGAAUGGGUGGCAUACGUUUAUCUCGAUGCAGAAUUACCAUAAUUUGCUUUCGCGCGAGGAGGAGCGCGAGAUGAUCCCGUAUUGCCUGGAUGCGGGGAUUGGAUUGAUUCCCUGGAGUCCGAUGGCAAGAGGGUUGCUUACACGGCCAUGGAAGAGUGCGCCGUCGUUGCGGGAGAGCACGGAUAAGGCGAUGAAUGUGCUGCUGAAAAGCCGGGAGACAGAAGCGGAUGAGAAGAUUGUGAGAAGGGUCGAGGAGGUCGCGAAGAAGAAGGGGGUUACUAUGGCGCAGGUGGCCAUUGCGUGGUCGCUUGGGAAUAAGAACGAGAAUCCAAUUCUGGGGCUGAAUAGUAAGGACAGGAUUGAUGAGGCUGUUGCCGCGAUUAAGGUCAAGUUGACCGAGGAGGAGAGAGCGUAUCUCGAGGAGCCGUAUAUGCCGAAGACGGUGUCGCCUAUGGAGAGGUAGUUUGGUUAUGAUGUCCCAUUCUAGUUGUCACAAAAAUAUACGAAGAUAGGUAGGACCACUGAUUUAAUCUC